AUGAUUGUUGGGCCUGCUAAAACACCCUAUGAAGAUGGUCUGUUCAUUUUCGAUGUCCAAUUACCAAAUGAUUACCCUUCGUCCCCACCAAGAUUCCACUAUAUUUCUUACUGUACCGACCGUCUCAACCCCAAUCUCUAUGAAGAUGGAAAAGUGUGUGUGAGUUUACUGGGUACUUGGUCUGGCAAGGGUAAUGAGAUGUGGACACAGGAAUCUAAUCUACUCCAAGUACUUGUUUCCAUCCAAGGAUUAAUUCUUGUGGGCGAACCCUAUUACAAUGAAGCUGGAUAUGAGAAGCAGAGGGGGACCCAACAGGGUAUUGAGAACAGCCGAAUGUACAAUGAAAUGGCCAUUGUCAAACUUGUACAAGCAAUGACGAACAUGACACGAAAAUUACCGCCAGUAUUUACACAAGAGGUACAAGAGCAUUUGCUUCUAAAUGGGCCCAAGAUGAUUACCAGGCUACAGAAAUGGUUAGAACUUUCUGAUAAAGUAUCACUCUUAGAGGGAAGUUCUCUUCCUGUCCAGCUUGAAGACAAUUUAUCAGGGAAGGAAGAAUCUGCUUCCACCGAAAUCACUGCCCCACCAGACAGUGUCAUCAAUGAGUGUGAUGUUGCCUCGGCAGGAAAACAACACUCACCAUCAUCAGAAGAGACCUCACAACAACCAAACCAACAACAGACAACGGCAACUGCCACCUCGACUCCCGAGGUGACUUCAGAACUUCAUUCUUGUCCUGCCUCAUCUGCGUCUCUUGUUCCCGACUCUGAUUCUUGUGCACAUCCAGACUUCCCCCUCCUUCCAGCAUCUCGGGGAUUUUGUUUGUCUUUGAAGAAACACUUGGAAGUAUUUCAGAGUGUACUAGCAACCUUAGAGAAGAAAGUCCAGUGA